AUGCCUCCUGAAGAAAAAGUUUGUAAGUACUGCGGAGUCAGCUAUCUAAUUCUUCAUGAGUUUAAGGCUAUGGAAGAGAAAGUGAAAGCAAUGGAAAAAGAGAUGAAAUUUUAUCAAGGAAGUGUAGAACGUGAAAAGAGACUUCAAGAAAAGCUACAGUCUCUUAGUGAAGAAUUCCAACAGUACAAAAUUGACAAUGAAUCCAAAGCAGAAAGAAUUCAAGUUGUAAGCAUGCAGUUUAAAAGUCAACAAGAUGAAUAUAAGAAAGCACAGGAAGAAUUGAGUAAUUUGCAAUGUGAAUUAAAAAUUAAGCAUAGACAGUCACAAAUCUUCAGUCAAAAAUUGUUGGAGUACAAAUAUAUCUGGAAUAAGAUACUUUCAUUCCUUACUUCUACUAAAAGGGAGCUUGCCACUAUUAGAAAUGAAGUAUAUGAUAAUUUUCAAAGCUGGACUUCACUGAAAGAAGAAGUUUUUCUACAAAUUAAAUCUAUAAGUGAAACAGCCUCAGCAGAAAUAGCCAUACUAAAUAAAAGUUUGACAGUGUCUCAGAGAACUAAGGUAUGCCUUGAAGAGGAAAUGAAAAAUCUGAAAUUGUUGUCAGAUGCUGCCAUUUUGAGAUCUCAGCAGAUCCAGAAGUCAAAUGAACAGGAAGUAAACCUACAAACCAGAUGCUAUGAUUUACAAAAAGAAGUACUCGAUUUACAAUGUCAAGUAGAAACACUUGAGCUAAAACUUCAGAAGGCAGUGACCGACAUGGACAACUAUAAAGCAAUGCUCACGAAUAAAUCUAAUGAAGCUGAUGACUGUCAAAGAAAACUUAGAAAAAUGAAGUUUGAAUCUAUUAUUUCUGAAUCACGUCACACUAGACAGCUUAAAGAUAAAGAAGAAUCUUUAACGGCGUGUCAGAAAAUAUACAAAACUGUACAGGAACAACUUACUGAAAAAGAAAGGCAAGAAGAGGACAUGAAAAGAAAAAUUAACCUUGCAGAAAAUGAACUUGAAAUAAUGAAGACUCUUCUGAAUCAGACAAAGGAAGAAGUUGUAACACUGAAAAAUGAAAGAGAGUUGAUGCUGAUUUCACAUCAGAAAAGCAUCGAGCAGCUGCAGGAAAGCCAUAGCCAGAAACUGCUGAGUGAUGAGAACUGGAGGGAGAAGAUUGAAGCUGAACUCGCCAAGGAAAAAGCCCAACAUUCAGCUGAAUUUGAGGAGCAAGCUCGUCUCUUUAAAGAAGAAGCUAAACUGAUACUCGAUAUUGAAAAAGAAAAAUACCAAGAAAUGAUCCAAAAGUAUGAGAAGGAACAAGAGGAGCUGCAAAGGAAGAUAUCUGACUUAAUCACAGACGCUACUAGAGAUCUAAGGCUGGAAGUAGUCACUCUACAAGAAAAACUCCGUGAAUCCCAUAUUAGAUACACUCAAGAAUCUGUGUCAAAGGAAAAAGAAAUUGAAAAUCUUAAAAGUCUGGUUGCAGAAUUUGAAUCUCGUUUGAAGAAGGAAAUAGACAGCAAUGAUUCCAUUUCAAAGGACCUGAAGAAGGAAAUGAAAGAGAAGUCAGAUGAACUGGAAAGAGUAAUGCUGGCACAAACACAACUGAUGCAGCAGUUUAACCAGUCCCAGGAAGAGAACACUUUUCUUCAGGAAACAGUACGUAGAGAGUGUGAAGAACGCUUUGAACUGACGGAGGCUUUGAGUCACGCCAGAGAACAGCUCCUGGAGCUUAGAAAGCUGAAUGGAAGGUUACCAUUGUCACCGUGUUCCCUCAGCCAGGGCAGCUUAACCUCCACUGCUGCUGCAGUCAGUAAUCAUGGAGAGAAAAGCCUUGUCAGACUGGACUCUGAAAAAGGAAUCAAAAUCCCUUGCCUACAAGUAUUAAAACCCACUGUUUCUCCAGAGAAACCCAAGAGGAUGGACAGCUCAGGUUUGCCUAUUCUCCCCCAACCACAUCCUCCCAGGGGUCGUGCAUCAUUAGGAAAUGAGAGCAGAAAAAGAUUAGUUGCCAUUCUUCGAAGGAGGCUGAGUCAACAAUGA